AUGAAGAUGGCACAAAGGAACCUGGCACUGGCCUGGGUGGCUGCCGUCUUGCUGCUACAGGUGGCCAUGGCAGAGCGUCCCAGGUGGAGCUUGAAGGGCAAACCCCAGGUCUUCAUGGGCCUGACCCCUUUUGAGAUGAAGAUCCUGCACAACGUUCUGAUGGACAGGAAGGAGCUGGAGCUGCAGCCAUCUGAGAUACCCACUUUGGCCAAGAACUCAGUGUACCUCAUGGAGCUGCUGCUGCCCAGAAAGAAGGAUGUGCUGGAUUUUCUGGACAGAGGAAAAAGGAAUCCUGUGCGGGAAGCCCGUGUGGUCAUCUUCUUCGGUGCCCAGGAGCACCCUAAUGUCAUUGAGUUUGCUGUUGGGUCCCUGCCAUUGCCCAUCUACAUGCGUUAAAUAGCUCCCUUACCCGAGCACCAUCCAUCCUGGGCAUCCAGACCUAUCUCCAAAGCAGAGUAUCACCUCAUCCACCAGACCCUGAAGAAGGCCACUGAGCCCCUGGAUCAAUUCUUCAUUGACAUCACAGACCACUCGCUAAAGGACUGUGAUCAGGGUUGUCUGACUUUCACAUAUGUGGCCCCCCAGGGCACAAAGCCUGGCCAGCGCCAUAGCUGGUUUAUCUUGCAACGCUAUAUGGCAGGCCACUUCCUGAAGCCCACAGGCCUGUAGAUCCUUGUGGAUCACGGAAGCACAGAUGUCCAGGACUGGAGAGUGGAGCAGGUCUGGUAUAACGGUAAGCUCUACAACAGUCCAGAGGAACUGGCUCAGAAAUAUGAGGAUGGAGAAGUGGCUGUCAUGGUCAUUGUGGAGCCACUGCCCAAGGACACAGAGCAGCCCCAACUCUCCCCCAUCAAUGUGGCUGAGCCCCACCUUCCUCCCUAUAACAUAGAGGACAACACAGUGUACUACAGAGACUGGAUCUUCUCCUUCCGUCUACGACCCUCUUCUGGCAUGCAGAUCCUGAAUGUGCACUUCCGGGGUGUGCGCAUUGCGUAUGAAGUCAGUGUACAAGAGACUGUGGCGCAGGUGGGAGGACAUAUAGCCAUUCGACCCAGGUACAUGGAUGUGGGCUGGGGCCCAGACAGAGUCACUCACCAGUUAGUCCAGGGCGUUGAUUGUCCAGACACAGCAACCUUCCUGGAAGUCAUCCACCACUACGACACUGAUGCGCCGGUCUCCUAUCCACAAGCUCUCUGUCUCUUUGAGAUGCCAGCAGGAAUACCAAUUCCACGUCACUUUAACUCCGACUUUAACUCCGAGUCCAGUGCCAGGAUGAAGGAACACAGGCUGGUGCUGCGGACAACCUCAACAGUCCACCACUAUGAUUAUACUUGGGACUUCAUUUUCUACCCUAAUGGGGCAAUGGAAACACAGAUGGAAGCCUCUGCCUUGGUCCAUUCUACCUUCUACCAGCCCAAGGGAAUGAACUACUUCUCUCAACCACACACCCACCUAUUCAGCAACAUCCACACUCACCUUGUACAUUACCGCAUUGACCUGGAUGUAGCAGGCAGCAAGAACAGCUUCCAGUCACUGCAGAUUGUUCGGAAAAACAUCACCGAAGGCCUGAGACACCAUGUAACCCAAAACACCCUAAAGCAAACUAAUUACUCCCGGGGGCAUCAGGCAACCUUCCUCUUCUGAAAGCCACUUCCCAAUUACCUGGUCUUCAGCAACCUCCACAAGACCCACCAUGGCCACAGGAACAGCUACCGCCUGCGGAUCUACUCCACAGUCCCUCAAGUGGAGCUGCCAGACUGGCAGAAGAAACCAGGUCUCUCUUGGGCCAGGUACCCAUUGGCUGUGACCAAAUACCGGAAUUCUGAGAGGUGCAGUAGCAGCAUCUACAACCAAUAUAACCCCUGGAAUCCCCCAGUGGCCUUCAAGGACUUCAUCCGGAACAAUAUGAACAUUAAAGAUAAGGAUUUGGUGGCCUGGGUUACAGUGGGCUUAUACAACAUACCCCAUUCUAAGGUCAACCUGACCACAUCUGAGAACUCUGUAGGCUUCGUGCUCUGA